GAGGGACAAAAGCAGAAACUCCGACAGAGCUCCAUCAUAACAUCCACCAUCCAGGGAGGCCAGGGAACCCUCUCCUUGACCCGGGAUCACAACCUCCAAGUGAGACAUGGACCAGGCUGGAGCUCCAUCGAGCACCAUGGUGCUGGAGUUUAAAGAGGACACGGCGCUGACUGAGAAGAUGCGUCUUCGCGUGUCAUCUCUGCAGCGGUCCGGUCAGAAGCGUCAGGACGGCGAGCGCCUGCUUCUUCCUCACGAGGCCGUCUACCGGCUGGACUUCCACAACCAGGAGCUGAUCUUCUCCCGCUGGAACGUGUCCUUCGGUGGCCAUGGCCGGGUCACCAUCACGGGAAUCUCGCAGCACUGGACCCCCGAUCUCACCCACCUCAUGACCCGUCAGCUCCUGGAGCCCAUUGGUACGCUUUGGCGCAAUGCCGAUGACCCCGAUGAGUCGCAACUUAAGUGUCUGGAGGCCGACAUGCAGGAGUUUGGUGAGAGGAUCGCUGAGCUGGCCAAGGUCAGGAAGGUCAUGUACUUCCUGUUUGCCUUCAAGGACGGUGCCGAGGCGGCCAAGUUGCACUGCUCGGUGGCGUUUCACAGCGAAAAAUGACUGUUAGCAUGCUGAGCGAGGAAACGUGAAGCGCACAAACUAAGCGAAAUAAAAGCGAUGAAUGCUAUGAUGAUGUAUGCCUUCUUGCUCACACAAAGCAGAUUUUAAAAGUAGUAAACAAAUCCACCAGCAGAGGUCACCAGCUAAAGCAGGAAGUCCUUAUAAGGCCAUCGUAAUUAUCCCUUUAAAGGGUCCCUGACAUGGGUAAAUUUGAAAAAAUUACAUUUAUAGUUCAUGAUGAUAGCCAUGACAAGCUACUUCUCGCAGUUCAGCCCGAUUUAUGGAAGUGAGGCCAUUGGGGUACUAUCACUCAGGUAAACAAACAUAGCGUUGUACGAGACGCAGGAUGUUUGCAGUGAUUAUAGCAAAGAUUUGAGCGAUGUGUCAAUAGCUUUUGAGGAUGAAGAAACAUUUGGAGAUGAAACAGAGAACCUGCAGGACAUGGACUUAAUGGAGAUGGAGAUCGGUCGCCUUCAAAACACAGAAUGUUAAGUGUAAAUAGUUGCUUAUCCUUCAAUUUUUGUUUUAAAUCGGCUUCUUACUGAGCGUAAAGGGUUUUUUAUAGCCUGUUUGAUUGUAUUUGUGGAUAAAUGUUCACCGCCGCCGCCCCAUCCCCUUCACUGUAAACAUAUCGCUGUCAAAAGAUGUUUAAAUAUAACAUGUGUAAUGCUUUGCAGCCUUGUCGCUAUCGUGGAAUAGUGUUUAGAAGACAUUAUGUAAACAAGACAUGAUUUAUUCUGUUGGUGGCAACUUUGACAGGGUCAUUCUUCCUUGUUUUGAUGUUUUUUCCUCUGUACCGGUGGAAUAUGUGUUUCUAGCAUACUUCCAAGGCAAAAGCUUCUUAUAAAGGUCUUCCUCCAAAGCAGUCAUCAGUAAAAUGAUCAUUGCAAAGAACAGAACUUGAGGGGGAUGUCCAUCUGUCUCUCAUUGUCUGCACUUGCUUCGUACAUUGUUGUCUUUAACUUUCCUCUUUUGGAAAGGAAAACAAACUUACAGAAUCACUCGGAUACUGUUAACACCCAGCAGCAACACAACCUUUUGUCAUGACUGCUAUUUUGAUGAAAAAUAUACUGAACCAUGUCGACCAUCUACCUCGAGAGGCGUUUGUUUACUCUGCUUUAGUUGUCAUGUGUCACCCAUGAUGUUAC